UCUGUCGGAACGGAGACACAAGCGAAGCCGGAGUCGGGAACAUGAACGUUUGCCGAAGGAUUUUGAAGGAGAAGUGAUCCAAGAAGACAAAAAAAACAAAAACAAAAGAAAGAAAAACAAAUCUUUCUGUGGCGACGAAUUUCUGGUUUCUAAGCUGCAGCGUAAACAGACAGCGGCCCGAGCAUGCAGCACUACGGCGUGAACGGCUACUCUCUGCACGCCAUGAACUCCCUGAGCGCCAUGUAUAAUCUCCACCAGCAGGCGGCGCAGCAGGCACAGCACGCGCCUGACUACAGGCCCUCCGUGCACGCGCUCACCCUUGCAGAGAGACUAGCUGGUAACAAUCAGUUUCUCAUUUGGCUGAUGUUCUCAACCUUAAAUGUGACCUUUCACCUGAUGUCGUUGACCUUUAAGUUAAACUGUUGGUGUUUCUUGUUUCUCAACGGCUGCACAUUUCAAGACAUUAUCCUUGAGGCCCGGUAUGGCUCCCAGCACCGAAAGCAGCGGCGCAGUCGCACGGCCUUCACGGCUCAGCAGCUGGAGGCUCUGGAGAAGACCUUCCAGAAGACGCACUAUCCUGACGUGGUGAUGCGGGAGCGUCUGGCCAUGUGCACGAACCUCCCAGAGGCCCGCGUGCAGGUCUGGUUCAAGAACCGGCGAGCAAAGUUCCGUAAGAAGCAGCGCAGCCUCCAAAAGGAACAGCUCCAGAAGCAGAAAGAAGCGUCUGCCGCUGCCGAGGGAUCCACAGAGGACGCCAAAGCCGAGACCGCCUCCGCCACCACGCUGGCUCCCGAGUCUCGCACUCCUCCUCCUCCAUCAUCCUCCUCGUCCUGUCACUCCGAGUCCGAGCGCCUGGCAGCGCCACGGCCUCAAGCGGGUGAGAUGAGCGUGGAAGUCAACGUCACCUCCCCGGAGCCGUCAGACGGCGAGUCAGCGGUGGAGGAUAACGCUGACAGGGAGGAGGAUGAAAUAAGAGGGGAGGUGAGGCCAAAGCUUAGGGAGGAGGUGCAAGAGGAGACGGCAGCUCAGCAGAGGAGCAGCUCUCCAAACUGCAGGCGACUCAGCCCCACAUCAGAAUCGCCGCUGAGCUCCCCCGCCCUGCCGGCCUCCAGCAGCCUGACCGGCGGCUUGGCGCAGAGCAACUCCUACGCUUCGUCCCCCCUCAGCCUCUUCCGGCUGCAGGAGCAGUUUCGGCAACACAUGGCAGCCACCAACAACCUGGUGCACUACCCAUCCUUUGACAUGAGCGCGUCAUCCUCCCUGCCCUACCUGGGCAUGAACAUGCCCUCCCCGCUGGGCUCGCUGCCCUGCCAGUCCUACUACCAGUCUUUGUCGCAGGCCCAGCAGGUGUGGAACAACCCCCUGCUGCAGGCGGCACCCGGCAGCCUGCCGGGGAGCCUCAACAGCAAGACCACCAGCAUCGAAAACCUCCGUCUGCGGGCCAAGCAGCACGCAGCCUCGCUGGGAUUGGACACGCUCCCCAACUGAAGCGGCUCCAGCCGAUUGUUUGGCCUCUAGAGGCCGCGGCGACUCCCCCCCAUCUGUGACCAGUGUCCGUGUGUGUCCCUGCAGAAAUCUGCCCUAAAAGCAUCCGCCACGGGGACGGCCAGGCUGCAGAGAACGUCCAAACCCGAGUCAUGUCAUCACCAACAGAACCUUCAGGUUCUCCAUCUCUGGAUGCUCCCCUUUGAUGUCACCAUCGUCCCACUCGCUUAACAAACCACACGUGUUCUGGCAGAACUUUAACGAAACACAAGAACGUGGAUUUAACCAACAAAACCUUUGAGUUUUUUCCAUGGAGAAAGUCCCCUCCUCAAAGUGAGCCCUGCAUGCCAGCACUCCUCUGAGGAGCGGUGAAUGUGAAAACGUGAAGGUCGACUCCUUUACAGCUGCAGCUCCAUCUGCAGAAAUCCACAGGCGCGCUUGUAAAUAAGCCUCAGCGUUGAUUUCCACAGUCCUGCCUGCACAGCAACGCUUCGCUUUGUCUGCAGCUUGGAAGGAAUUUUUGCAGGAAAGAAAAAAAAACAGACGGGAAGGAGAACAUCCGAGGACGAGAAAGGGGCUGAAUUUAACUCGACACUUUUCCUGAUCCGGUGGCUUCUGCUGGGAAAAGGCAGAGUCACUGUGUAUUAUAUCAUGUAGAUCAAAGACCUGUAUUUCUUAAUUGAUUUAAAUGUGAGUAAUUUAUCUGUUCAAUGCAAAAGAAUAAAUCAAUCAUGGGAAUCUUU